AUGGGCGCUUUGGAUCAUCUCUCAAACGUAUGUGACUGCUCAGGUGGACGACAUUCUAAGGCUAAGCUCAAGAAACGCAGAGCACUUCAGACUGUUGAGAUCAAAAUAAAGAUGGACUGCGAAGGGUGCGAAAGGAAGGUUCGAAAAUCGGUUGAGGGCAUGAAAGGCGUUACCUCGGUGGAAGUUUCCCCGAAACAGAGCAAGCUAACCGUAAUCGGCUAUGUCGACCCGCAUAAGGUUCUGGCUCGUGUGGUCCACCGAACGGGCAAAAAGGCCGUGUUUUGGCCCUACGUGCCGUAUGAGGUGGUGGACCACCCGUAUGCACCUGGUGUGUACGAUAAAAAGGCACCGGCUGGUUAUGUUCGGGCCUCGGAGGAUCCUCGGGUUUCGCAACUUGCGCGGGCGAGUUCGACAGAGGUUAGGUAUGUCACGGCUUUUAGCGACGACAAUCCCACGGCUUGUAGGAUUGUGUGA